AUGGCUUCCAAACUGAGCAUUUCUGCAGUGAACGAGCUUUAUUACAGAGAUUUUAUCCGUACGUUUGGCAAUGUUAUCGAGGAGACAAAAAUUUGUGCAGCAGCUGUAUGUGGUAGGAGGCCUUUUAGGUCAUUUGACAACUUCGUGGAGGUGAUGUGCCAGUUUAUCGACGAGCUUCCCAAAGAUGGAAGAGCCGGCAUAUUGCGCAACCAUCCUGAUCUUGCCGAUCGUUUAGAAUCACUUACCCCCGAAUCCCAAAGAGAACAAACACACGCUGGUAUCACAACGCUAACAAAAGAGGAGAUUCAAGAGUUAAAACAUUAUAACCAGCUCUAUAGUAAUAAGUUUGGAUUUCCAUUUGUGAUUUGCGCUCGUUUAAACAAUAAAGAUGCAAUUUUGAAAGGAAUAAAAUCGCGCUUGAAUAAUGACAGAGAUCAAGAGUUAGAGUGCGGGAUUGAAGAAGUGAAGAAGAUCAUGCUGCUGAGGAUGAAAGAUUUGGUUGAAUGCGAGGACUCUAAAUUGUGA